CCCUCCUCGUCGCCUCCGAGCCAAUGGGAAGGCUCCAUACUGCAGGGUGCGAAGGGGCCGGCGUCGCUGCCUAGUUGCUAGUCGGUGAAAGCGGCGGGAAGUUCGUACUGGGCAGAAGGUGACGGGUCUGCGGCUUAGGUGAAAAUGCCUCGUGUAAAAGGAGCUCAAGCUGGAAGACAGGGCCCCGCAAAGAGACAUCUUGCAGAACAAUUUGCAGUUGGGGAGAUAAUAACUGACAUGGCAAAAAAGGAAUGGAAAGUAGGAUUACCUAUUGGCCAAGGAGGCUUUGGCUGUAUAUAUCUUGCUGAUAUGAAUUCUUCAGAGUCAGUUGGCAGUGAUGCACCUUGUGUUGUAAAAGUGGAACCCAGUGACAAUGGACCUCUUUUUACUGAAUUAAAGUUCUACCAACGAGCUGCAAAACCGGAGCAAAUUCAGAAAUGGAUUCGUACCCAUAAGCUGAAGUACCUGGGUGUUCCUAAGUAUUGGGGGUCUGGUCUACAUGACAAAAAUGGAAAAAGUUAUAGGUUUAUGAUAAUGGAUCGCUUUGGGAGUGACCUUCAGAAAAUAUAUGAAGCAAAUGCCAAAAGGUUUUCUCGGAAAACUGUCUUGCAGCUAAGCUUAAGAAUUCUGGAUAUUCUGGAAUAUAUUCACGAGCAUGAGUAUGUGCAUGGAGAUAUCAAGGCCUCAAAUCUUCUUCUGAACUACAAGAAUCCUGACCAGGUGUACUUGGUAGAUUAUGGCCUUGCUUAUCGGUACUGCCCAGAAGGAGUUCAUAAAGAAUACAAAGAAGACCCCAAAAGAUGUCAUGAUGGCACUAUUGAAUUCACGAGCAUCGAUGCACACAAUGGUGUGGCCCCAUCAAGACGUGGUGAUUUGGAAAUACUUGGUUAUUGCAUGAUCCAAUGGCUUACUGGCCAUCUUCCUUGGGAGGAUAAUUUGAAAGAUCCUAAAUAUGUUAGAGAUUCCAAAAUUAGAUAUAGAGAAAAUAUUGCAAGUUUGAUGGACAAAUGUUUUCCUGAGAAAAACAAACCAGGUGAAAUUGCCAAAUACAUGGAAACAGUGAAAUUACUAGACUACACUGAAAAACCUCUUUAUCAAAAUUUACGUGAUAUUCUUUUGCAAGGACUAAAAGCUAUAGGAAGUAAGGAUGAUGGAAAAUUGGACCUCAGUGUUGUGGAGAAUGGAGGUUUGAAAGCAAAAACAAUAACAAAGAAGCGAAAGAAAGAAAUGGAAGAAAGCAAGGAACCUGGUGUUGAAGAUAUGGAAUGGUCAGACACACAGACAGAGGAGGCCAUACAGACCCGUUCAAGAACCAGAAAGAGAGUCCAGAAGUAAUUCAGAUGCUGUGAACCAGCUUUCCUUCUCUUUGUUUUCUUUUGACUUUUUUCUCCUUUUCUAUUUGAAGUGUUUUAUUUUCAUGUGAGUCUUGUGAGGUGGAAGUAAUAAUUAAAUACCCAUGUGUUCAGAAAACCAACUUUUUUUAUAAAAAUAAAUAUUUGUACAAUUCAUUAAAGGCUAAUUUAUGAAAUUUCAAAAUCUUCAGAUUAUACUCCUUAAGUUAUUCCAAAGCCGUGUGUUUGUGAUGUUUUGGAGUACAUAUAUAUGAAAAUUAUUAUGAUAUGCACUUUCCUAAUCAUUGUACAUUUCUCAGAGUGGAUAAAAAUGUUUGACAGAGUCCUCACUUUUUAGGAAAUGCAAAGCUUAAAAUAAAAAUCUCUUUUGUUUGAUACAAAUGCA